UUGGAUGCGAGUGAUUCGAGCUCCAGCAGCAACCUUUCGCUUGCCAAAGUUAGGCCAAGUAGCGAUCUUAAUAAUAGCACUGGACAAUCUCCUCAUCACAAAGUUCAGAGAAGCAUAUCUUCCAGCCAGAAGCAGCGGCGGUACAGCGAUCACGCUGGACCAUCCAUCCCCUCGGUAGUGGCGUAUCCCAAAAGGAGCCAGACCAGCACUACAGACACCGACCUCAAAGAGGAGGGAGUUCAGGCACGAAAAUCCAGCAGCAGUGCCGUGGCAGGAAGAGGCAUUGCCCCGGCCAGCCCAAUGCUCGGAAACGCCAGCAACCCCAACAAAGCUGAUAUUCCUGAGCGUAAGAAAGGUUCGGCUGUUCCUAGUAAUAACACGGCCCCCGGAGCGAUGACGCGGCGCAACACCUACGUCUGCAGUGAGAGAACCACAGCCGAUAGGCAUUCGGUGAUACAGAACGGCAAGGAGAACAGCCUGACAGCAAUGUUCGCUGACGCAGCUAGCCCUGCUUCAGUUUGCACUCCAUCCUUCUCCAGUGUUCGGCUGCGGCAUCAGAAGUCGAUGUCCGUGUCGGCCUCUGUGCACACGAAGAUGAUGUUGCCUCCAAUAGACAAUGGCGCAGAUAACUUCAGGCCCAUCACCAUUCCCGAUCAGAGAACUCCUGUUGCUUCAACCCACAGCAUUAGCAGUGCGACCACUCCUGACCGUAUUCGUUUCCCCAGAGGAACGGCCAGCCGCAGCACCUUCCACGGGCAGCUCCGCGAGCGCCGCACCGCCACCUACAACGGCCCCCCCGCCUCGCCCAGCCUCUCCCACGAGGCGACGCCGCUCUCGCAGACCCGGACCCGCGGCUCCACCAACCUGUUCAGUAAACUCACCUCCAAACUCACCAGAAGGUAAGCCUCAA